AGCGACGGUAUACAUUUCCCAUGCAUUGGGGCCGGGGUCACGAAUCGUUGGCGACGCCAAUUUAUUCCGGAGUUUCGAACGACGGUACCUAGCUAGUAGUUUUAAUUCAACUUCCAUGAUAGAGUAGUAUAAAGCGCGAGGCAUGCACCAGUCGUUCGAUUGUAGUAACAUCGCAGGCGACCCACACCACGAGCGCCGACAGCAGUACUAUUUCGUAGCCAUGGCUUACACGUUCCGGAUCCACUGCCGCGCCUCCGACGACCACAGCCUCGCGCUCAUCGACGGCCAAGUCGUCCUCGCCGCCGCCGACCCCGGCGACGACCGCCAGGCAAGCCUACCUUCCGUCGUCUGCUUCCACGCGUCCGCUUUCUCCUCCUCUUCCGGUGUACCAGUCUCCUGAUCCGUGCGUUCCCUGUGCGGUUCGAUGCAUGCAGCGGUGGUACAAGGACGUGAUGUACGCCGGCGGCCUCAAGGACGAGGCCGGCAACCCGGCGUUCGCCCUCGUCAACAAGGCCACCGGCGAUGCCCUCAAGCACUCCCUCGGCUACCAUCUGCCAGUGAGAGCGAUACGGUUCAACCCGGGGUGCCUGGACGAGUCGGUGCUGUGGUCGGAGAGCAGGGACGUGGCCGGCGGCUUCAGCCGCGUCCACAUGGUGAACAACAUGGAGUACAUCUUCGACGCCGAGCGGGGCGGCUCCGAGUACGGCGGCCCGCGCGACGGCACGCGGCUCAUCCUCUUCCGCUGGAUCCGCGGCGACAACCAGCUCUGGAGGAUCUCCGACGAGCCGGCAGGGCGUGGGCCGCCCAUGCGGGUCUCGUCUGAGUGCAACCAGGAGCUGAGCCUCACCGUCCGCGACGGCGCCGCCGUCCUCGCGAGCACGGAUCUGGAGGAUGACAAACAAGUCAGUUAACCUUUGCUGGUUGCUUUAGAUGCGCAGAUUGUUGUUGCCACGCCUGGCUGCUCUCUCUCUCAGCUCACUCAUGGACAGAGGUAGGAGAAAGAAGACACAUUGGACACGAAGAAAUUUUUCCGGCCGGCGCACGAACGCCGCCGUGGGCGCACGAACGCCCCAAUCUUUUCUUUGUAUUCACAGGCUACAUGCUCGGCAACUCCCUGGUACAAACACACUCGAGGUCAGGCCUUUUGUAUUCCCACGGCAGCGCAGCUCCCACGUUACCUGUGCGCACAUACGCACGAAUGCCUGCAGACUCCGCUGCUCACGAGCGAUCCGCUCGGCCACGCGCACGACGCGCUUACCGUGGCCGCUGGCAACAAACCCGCUAACUACCUCCUGCAUGCAUGCGCUAACAACCACGCCUAGCAGCCACCAAGUUCGGCCUGGCUAGCUAGCACCGGCUCUCACACCUACCCAGCGACACACACGCAUGCCAUGAGCACACAUAACGCACGCACGCGCCACACACGCUAUGGACUCGACCGUGCACUUAUACCGGUCGCCACUAUCACGAGCAUGGCUUGCUGCUAACACAGAGACCAUCUGCAUUUCGCACGGCGUGUCAUCAUCGCUUCUCUCUUCUUGUACGUAGGCUUGGAUCCAGAGCUUUCGGAACACCGAGCGCGUGACGGACUCGGAGGGGCGCAGCUCGUUCGUGCUGGUCAAUGAGGCCACCGGGAAAGCGCUGCGGCGCUCCCACGGUGACCAGAAGCUUCAGGUGGUCGGCUACUGCCCGGACUCGGUGGACGUCGCGCUGCUGUGGACGCGGGGUGGCGAUCUUGGGGAAGGGUACCACUGCAUCCGCAGGGUCAGCGACCUCGGCUACGUCCUUGACGCGGCGGAGGGUGUACCCGAAACCGGCGGGGCGCACGACGGGACGCCCGUCAUCUUGUUCCCGGCCAACGGGGGCCCGAAUCAGAAGUGGAAGAUGACGCCGUUCCAUUGACGACAGAGUUUGUUACAGCGAUUUGCUCUUGCAUUAGCUCGGGCACUAUGAACUUUUGCUUAUGUUUAUGUUUACCUUCUUUCCUUGAAUUAGCCUGAUUAUGUACAUCAGACGAAGUUCUACUUGAUGACCUCUUAAACAUUGAAUUACUCACAGAUCUCCCUACCCGAAAAUGUUGUACGGAACCAUGGUUCAGCCGAACCUACACUCGACACCAUUGAUUUCUAGACACUAUUCAUGAGGAUCCAUACAUGAUUGAUUAAAAAAUGCAGUUGACAUGCAUGUCUAUUCAUGAGGAUCCAUGCAUGGUUGAUUAAAAAAUGCAGUUGGCAUGCAUGUCACAGAUCCACAUGUAGUAGGAUGUCAAAUCGUACGGCAUAGACCAUAGGUUCGGUUGAACCAUGGUCCUGAAUCACGUCUCUCU